AUGGCACUGCUUCUGACUGAAAAAUACAGGCCAGCUAAAUUGGAGGAUGUAAUUGGAAAUGAACCAGUUGUGAAGAUACUACGUAAUCUACGGGAUGAUCAUCCACAUAUUCUGCUUUGUGGGCCACCUGGGACUGGGAAGACAACCAUUGCAAAAAUAUUGAGCAAGAAGUAUGAAGGAGUAUUGGAAUUGAAUGCAAGUGAUGAGAGGGGAAUUGAUGUGGUACGAAACAGAAUUAAGGGAUUCACGCAGGUGGCAUGUGACUCUAAAUUAGUGAUACUCGAUGAAUGCGACAAUCUGACUACUGCGGCACAACAGGCACUCAGGCGCAUCAUUGAGACCAAAAGUACCAAAUUCAUCUUGAUUUGCAACGAAGUGUCAAAAAUGAUUGAAGCAAUUCAGUCCAGGAUGGCUAUUUUGAAGUUUGACCGAAUUGGAAUAGCCAAAUUUGAUUCCCUACUUGAUCAAAUUUGUCAGAAUGAGAAUAUUCAUCUGACGCAGUCUGGGAAGGAGGCAUUGGUUGAACUGAGUCGGGGAGACUUCAGGAGCUGUCUGAACAUUCUGCAAGGUGUUCUGGGCGUCAGCAGUGAUGCCUUCAGAAUCGAUGACAACUUUCUUUAUAGCAUAAAUGGUGUGCCAAACAGGAAGAAGCUACUAAGAAUAGUCGACAUCAUCACUAGGAAGGAGACGAAUGAGCUCAUUGCAAAUGCAGAGGAGCUCUUCUCUCACAAAUACGACUAUUCUGAAAUAAUGAAUGGACUCUUUUCAAUAGCCAAAGACAGCGACAAUUAUGAGUUUUUAAGAAUCAUAGGCGCCUAUCAACACAGAAUGAGUCAAGGAAACAGCAGUAGAAUCCAAUUCUACGCCAUGUUUGGUGAAAUGCUAGAAAUAAACAAAUAA